UAAAAAGUUAAUAUGCCUCCUCAAACCCCCACAACCUUAACUAAAUCACCAAAAAAAACAAAAGAAUGGAAGCUCACAACUUCAAUAUUCCAUGGCUGAUACUAAUUCUUGUCCAAUUCUUGCUACUAAUCACUACUUCUUUGGCAGGAAAAGUUCCAGCAAUUAUAGUAUUCGGCGACUCCUCCGUUGAUGCUGGCAACAACAACCAGAUAUCUACUCUUCUUAAGAGCAAUUUCGAGCCUUAUGGCCGUGAUUUUUAUGACAAAAGACCAACAGGAAGAUUCUGCAAUGGACGUAUUCCACCAGAUUUUAUAUCUGAGGGUUUUGGUUUGAGGGCAUUUGUGCCAGCUUAUUUGGAUCCCAUGUAUAAAAUAUCUGAUUUUGCUGGUGGUGUUUGCUUUGCUUCUGCCGGUACUGGUUAUGAUAAUGCUACCUCUGAUGUUCUUAAUGUGUUACCCCUGUGGAAAGAAGUAGAGAACUACAAAGAUUAUCAGAAGAAACUAGAAGCAUAUGCAGGAACCAGAAAAGCCAAAUACAUAAUAGAGGAAUCCUUAUAUCUUAUCAGCAUGGGAACAAACGAUAUUUUGGAGAAUUAUUAUUCAAUGCAAAGCAAACGUGCAUCUCAAUACACAAUAGAACAGUUUCAGGUCUUCCUUCUUCAACUUGCAGAGAAGUUUGUGAAGCAAAUUUAUGAUUUAGGAGCUAGGAAAAUUUCCUUAGCUGGACUUCCUCCUAUGGGUUGUUUACCUUUAGAAAGAGCAACUAAUUAUAUAAGAGGAAGUGGAGAUGGUUGCAUUGAGAAAUAUAAUGAAGUGGCUGUACAUUUUAAUGUGAUGUUGAAGGGUUUGGUUCAGAAACUAAAUGAGGAGCUUCCUGGGAUUAGAGUUGUUUUUUCUGACGCCUAUGAUCUCAUGCUUCAAAUGAUCAAAAAUCCUUCUUCAUUUGGAUUUGAGGUGGCAGGGAUAGCAUGUUGUGGCACAGGAUUAUUUGAAAUGAGUUACUUGUGUGAUAAGUUAAAUCCAUUUACAUGCACAGACGCAAACAAGUACGUGUUUUGGGACUCUUUCCAUCUCACUGAGAAAACAAACCUCAUUAUCACCAAUUUCUUGAUGAAAAAUGUCCUUGCUGAAUUUUUAUAGUUCAACAAUUGGAUUUUCAUAUCAAGGAUUUUUUACCUAUGUAGAUUUUCGGAGCAUUAUUUCUACGUUUUCUUGCUUUUAAUUAAUUAGUUUAUUUAAUUUCUACAAUAUUAUGUAAUAUCCAUGGUUUGAAAACAAAUAUUUGUAUAUAUGUUAGUCAUCUCAAUCAGGUGAUGAUAUCUGUACCUUUUCUUUUCGACACGUUAAGUAAUGUAAUUUGUCUUA